ACGACAUGGGUGUUGUAGGUGUUGUGACAUGGCUGACGUCCGCCAGUGCCGUGGGCGUGGCGGUGUUCACGGCUUACCUGUACUCGUCCCUGCCUCCUGGCGUCACGGAACCGAGAAAAGUCUUCAUCAUCAAGGGCUUCGUGCGAACCUUUUACUUUCUUGGAUGGGUUCACCAGAAGAUGGGCUUCGGUGUGAGGAGACUCCGGCCGCCGCGGCGGGCAUCACACCCUAACCUGGAAGUUACGGACGCGUCCUUCGAUGGCGUCCGGGUCCGAGUCUACAAACCACGGGCUCAGAAAACGGCGACGUCGACAGGAAGCAAGAUGGCUGGCCUAAUGUGGUUCCACGGAGGGGGCUGGGUGCUCGGCUCAAUCGAUGAAUGCGAUGGACAAGUUGGACGUAUUGCAAACAGAUCGGGGGCUGUAGUUGUGUCAGUUGAAUACCGGCUGGCCCCUGAACACAAGUUCCCGGUCCCGUUUGAAGACUGCCUCACGGCGACCCAACAUUUCCUCCAGCACGCCGCCGAGUUCGGAGUCGACCCCACAAGAAUCGGCGUGGCGGGAACCAGUGCGGGCGGCAACCUGGCUGCCGCGGUCGCUCUGAGGCUCAAAAAGGAAGAUACGCUCCCGCCCUUAAAGCUCCAAGCCCUUGUCUACCCCGCUCUCCAGGCGUUCGACUUUCAGACCCCUUCGUACACCAGAGGACGUAGAUACUUCGUUCUUCUCCAUCCUAACGCCAUGAUGACAUUCUGGAUACGAUACCUCAACAACAACCUUUCCCUGGUCGACAUGUUUUCAAACAACGGCCACACGACCGCGCUGAGGAAGUCGCGCUUUGCGUCUUAUGUGGACCAACACUUUCUCGGCCACUCCGUGCCAAGAUCGACACCUAACGAAGACGUCAGCGUGGAUCUCCCAGACGACUUGAAGGAUAUCCUGAACCCCUACUUUUCCCCGCUGAUGGCAGAAGACGCCGACUUGUCCGGACUGCCCGACACUUACGUCACUGUGUGUGGGACGGACGUCCUGAGGGAUGACGGGAUCAUGUACGCCAAGAGGCUGGAAAUGGCGGGAGUUCAGGUCCGACUGGCGCGCUACCCCUCAGGCUUCCACGGCGUCAUGUCCUUCGCAUCCAAACCGUUUUACUUAGAGGUCGGAAAACAGAUGGAACAGGACUUGGCAACGUACUUACGCGAUCACCUGUAA